CCGUAGAGAGCUGGGCAGGCGGGCGGGCGGCGGGCCGGCCAUGGAGAGCUUGGCGCAGCCCCCGCCGCCCCCGGGCGCGCUGAAGAGGGGCGGCGGGGGCCGAAUCAUCCUGGAGGGGUCAGUGGAGGAAGAAGCGGCGGCGGCUAACGGGGGUAGUGGUCGGGGCGGACCCGUGACUGCUGAGGAGGGCGGCGGGCAGUGGGGUCCUUCCCCUCUGCUUCUUCCCCCGCCUGCCGCGGGCCCCGGGAGGGACUCUCCUCCCGCGCUGGGGUCUCCCGUGCCUGCCACUGAGAGCCGCCGGUCCGCUGCGGGCUGCGCGCAGCCAGCAGUGACUGAGAGCCCUGAGGCGGCUCCUGCCUUGGAGAGCGGCCCCGGGGAGGCCGGCAGCAGCGGCGACCCCAGCCCCCCAGAGGAGGAGUCGCGGAGCUUGGACUCCCUGGAGUCCUUCUCCAACCUGCACUCCUGCUGCCCGAGCAGCUCCGAGCUCAAUAGCGAUGCCGAGGAGGUGGCGGCGGCGGCGGCAGAGGGCAAGGCCCCGAGCCCCGGAGGAGAUGGGCCCACGGCGGCGGUUCAGCUCUUGUCUACCUCUAAGGAGCGCUUUCCUGGCCAGUCGGUCUAUCACAUCAAGUGGGUCCGCUGGAAGGAGGAGAACACGCCGAUCAUCACCCAGAACGAGAACGGGCCCUGCCCGCUGCUGGCCAUCAUGAACGUGCUGCUGCUGGCUUGGAAGGUCAAGCUGCCACCAAUGAUGGAAAUCAUAACUGCUGAACAGCUGAUGGAAUAUUUAGGAAAGAAGUUAAGCCAUGCUGAGGAGGUCGUGGACCCUCACAGCAUACGUGACACCAUCUUCUUUGAGAGCAGCUUUGCUUCACUCUUGCUGGGAACAAAGGGAGGAGACUAUAUUCUUGAUGCAAAACCAAAAGAGAUUUCUGAAAUUCAACGUCUAAAUUACGAGCAGAAUAUGAGUGAUGCAAUGGCUAUCCUACAUAAGCUACAGACAGGUCUGGAUGUGAACGUGAAGUUCACUGGUGUACGAGUUUUUGAAUACACACCUGAAUGCAUAGUGUUUGACCUUCUUGAUAUCCCUUUGUACCAUGGAUGGUUAGUGGAUCCUCAGAUUGCUGACAUUGUGAAGGCAGUUGGUAAUUGUAGUUACAAUCAAUUGGUGGAGAAGAUAAUCUGUUGUAAACAGUCGAACAACAGUGAGCUGGUUAGUGAAGGAUUUGUAGCUGAACAAUUUCUGAACAACACAGCCACUCAGUUGACAUACCAUGGGUUAUGUGAGCUGACUUCAGCAGUUCAGGAAGGAGAACUUUGUGUGUUCUUCAGGAACAACCAUUUUAGCACCAUGACCAAAUAUAAGGGUCAGCUUUAUCUGCUGGUGACAGACCAGGGUUUUCUUACAGAAGAGAAAGUUGUCUGGGAAAGUUUACAUAAUGUAGAUGGUGAUGGAAAUUUCUGUGACUCUGAAUUCCACCUUCGGCCUCCAUCAGACCCAGAAACUGUAUAUAGAGGGCAGCAGGAUCAAAUCGAUCAGGACUAUCUGAUGGCAUUGUCUUUACAACAAGAGCAGCAGAGCCAAGAUAUCGAUUGGGAGCAGAUCCCAGAAGGAAUCAGUGAUCUAGAGCUGGCAAAGAAGCUGCAGGAAGAGGAGGAUAGGCGGGCUUCUCAGUACUAUCAGGAACAAGAACAAGCAGUUGCAGCUGCUGCUCAGGUCCAGGUGCAAGGAGCUGCUUCUCCAGCAAGUGGAAGACAAUCUGGAAGUAGUGAACGCAAACGAAAAGAACCUCGAGAGAAAGAGAGGGAGAAAGAGAAAGAAAAGAAUAGUUGUGUUAUUUUGUAACCGGUGAUGGAUUUUGCCUGGAGUCAAGUGCAUGUCCUCAAACAAAAACAAGGAAUAAAAUGAAGACAAACCCGUUACAUGCCGCCUGUGCCUGAUUACCCCAUGGAUUUAUUCAUGUUUAAGGAGAGGAUGGGUGACUACUUUGUUACAAUCAUACAGACUUUCUUCAAAGUCCUACAGUGCGCUCUGUGUGAGAUGGAAUUCCAUUACAAUUGGAUGCGGCUGUGCUUUGAGUCAGUCAUGAGAAAUACUGCACCUUGUAGCUAAACACACAAAUCACGGCAAGUUUUGUGUCAUAGUGACAUGCGUUACUUAUAAUAUCAGUUAGUAAGCUAUUUCAUCUUCUGCUCUAAACAAAGAAAGGAGGUAAUUGGUUUUGUCAGAUUUCUUUACAUCAGCACAACAGAAUCCUGUAUUACUUUUCAUGGUCUGACAAUAUAACUUAGACUGGGUAUUCAUGGCUUUAGAGCCCAAUGAGUAUCUGGGCACACUGCCUCCAUAACACACCCAGAUUCCUUUUGUUCAAGAGCUGGUAGUCAAUUCUUUAACCCAUAUUUGUGCUGGAUCAGUUCUACAACCGGGUUAGUUCUAGCACCAUGACCUUUGCCCCAUGCAUAAGUUAUUUGUUAAACAUCAUAUUGAAAAUUGGGUGUCAUGGAAAAAUGGGGUGUCUAUUGAUAAGCAAGAUAAAGAUUUAUUAUUGCUUUUCUUGCCGUUAAAAACUGGGUAUAUCAACUCAGAUCUUAUCAGGGUCAGACACAAAUAAUUUAAUAGUUUUUUUUCUUUGUUUAGUAUCUUCCGUUAUAGGUAAACUGGACCACAGAAGUUAUUUAUUGAUCUCUCCAUGCAACACGUGAAUGGUGGUAGGAAGCUGAAGUCUCUAAUAAUGCUUGUCCUGCGUAGGAAUGCAGAAUUAAAAUAACUAACUUAAUAUCUGCCUUCGUCCAGAAGUACCUUGAACCGUAACAUGACUUUAACAUGUCCACUUGUAUAUUUAAGCUAGUGUACUGUGUACAAAUACUUUAAAAAAUCAUGUAUCAGUAAAAAGCACACUUUUGCAGGGUGAGAGAAAGGUUAAGCUAGUCUCUCAAAUUGUUUGGAAAGGCACUCAGAUGUAGUAUCACUUUGUUUUUUAAGUCAUUAGUUUAGAGUUACGGGAAACUUCUAUAGAAAUAACCAGAUUUUCUAAUUUAUGGGAACCAAAUAAACAUGUUACAUCUUGUAGUAUUUAUAGGUUACAGGAACAAAAUACUUGUUGAAUUUUAUUAUGAGAGUACUACAAAUCCUCUUUCAUUUCAACAGGGAAAGCCAAUAACUACUACUUUGUUGCUGAUCCUUUUGAUAAAGUUUUUAUUUAGCAAUUUGUAGACACUUUUGAAAAAAGCUACUUCUGCUGGGAAAAAAUAGUUCUGAUUCACAUUCUAAGGCUUGGUAAGUGCAUUAAUAUAUGUGAGUAUAGAACAGUUUAAAGCAGCCAACUGGAGUAUGACGUUCAUAAAUUUUGAAGUGUGGCUUGGGGGAAUGUCCAUAGAACUCAAAAUGUAAAAAACCUCUUGAUUUCUGAAUAUGAGUCCAGAGUUAAAGAAAUGCUAUAAAAUUGUUUCAAAUGGAAUUGCCUCCAUAAUUGGAACCAGUCAUUGCACAAAUCUGUUACAUAUUUAAAUAAACAAUUAGGCUGAUAAAGUAGGCAUAGUUUUGGUAAUAACUGAAGAGCCAGUCUAGAUCACUCUAGAUCACUCCCUCAGCUUUUUUCCUUCUAUCCAUUUUGUUACAACUUCCUUUUUAUAAUACUGAAGUGAUGGAUGAUUGAAGGGGAUCUCUCUUUCAGACACAAAUUUUAGAUACAGUUUUUUUAUUAUUUCUUGAUAAUUAUAUAGAAAGGUCAUUAAUACUUAUUCAAAUGUAUGCCAGUUAAAAUAAUGUUGUUCUAUGUCAAAUCAAACAAUUUACCUUAUUCCUUUCACUGAAGCAAUCCAUUGCUUCAGACAAAUUUACACGAAUAUAAACGAGGAACACAAAUGUGAUGGUUUGCUUUAUACAGAACAGAAAAUAUUGACGUAUUGUAUUGGAGGUACAAAAACUUUUAACCAUAUAUUUUUUUAAAAAGCAGUCUGUUACUGAUGAAAUAUUUCCAAACUCAUAUUUACAUUUAACACUUUUGAAAAAUAAAUGUCAAGUUAAACUUUUGUUACCUUAUUAUUUCCAAUGACAAUACUGCCAUUGUACAUUCACUUUUAAAACAAAUUAACUUAGAUUGUUGUUGCUAUUAUCAAGUACAUCUUUUCGUAAAAUAAAGUAAAUCACUAAAAAUAAUUCAGUGUACUUCCUAGUAUCAGAAAAGUCUGUAUAAUAUUCCUACUUCAUGUCUUACUGACACCCCUGAAACAUAAUUUGAUAUACUUAUGGUAAUAUUGGUAUAUUCAAUUACAGUGGAAGAAAACAAAUUAAAUGUCAAUGUUUGUUGUAAAAAUCUCAGACUUUCCAAGAAUUCAGUUUCUCCUUCAAUAAAGGAGUUAUCAAUUUCAGAA